AUGCUGCGCCAUCUGCCCUCCAGGCUGCCAGCCAGGAUGUGGAGCAGGAUUUCGGAGAAGCAGUCAUGGAGGGACAACAGUCAGACCCCUUCCCUGUGUCUUAUCCAUAAACUUGACCACAUUGUGAUGACAGUAAAGAGCAUCAAAGACACCUCUAUGUUUUAUUCUAAGAUCCUGGGCAUGGAGGUCAUGACUUUCAAGGGAGACCGGAAAGCAUUGUGUUUUGGAGACCAGAAAUUUAACCUCCAUGAGGCGGGAAAGGAAUUUGAACCCAAAGCCGCUCACCCAGUCCCUGGCUCCCUGGAUAUAUGCUUGAUCACGCCUUUGAAGGAAAUGGUCCAGCACCUCGCGGCUUGUGAUGUCCCCAUUGAGGAGGGUCCAGUCCCCAGCAUGGGGGAAAAAGGGGGCAAAAGUAUGUCCAUCUACUUCCAAGACCCUGACAGAAACCUCACUGAGGUGUCCAACUACAUCUCCUUGUGA